AACGGUGGUGGGGUUGGUCCAAUUAGUUUGUAGGUGGAGCAGCAGGAACGCGAGAAGAGGCUGGCGGACACGCUUUCAGUUCCUGGAGGCUGAAGUGUCCCAGCGUCCGCUCAGUAGCGCAAAGCCGAGCAGAGACGGCUGAUCGCGGCCAAUGCCGGAGGAGGACUCCCCGAUGAUUGAAGUGUCGAUCCCAUCAGUAGAGAAGCAAGUGGAUGAGUCGGGAAAGUCCAAAAAGCUUUUUAGAGUUGAAGUCUUGUUUAAUGAGCGUAAACACUAUGUGCUCAGAAGAAGCAGCGAAUUCCAGACGCUCCACAGAAAACUCAGAAAGAUCCUUCAGACUCCUGAUUUCCCGGGCAAGAGAAGCCCCCACCUGAGGACCAAACCCGUGGAGCAGAGGACACAGGAGCUGGAAGACUACAUCCAGGAGAUCAUCCGUCACAAUGAAGACGUGCCGCAGGUGCUGCUGGACUUCCUCCAUGUCAGACACUUUCAUACAGGAAACAAGAUCAGCAGCAUGGAAUCGCUUGAAAUGGACAGUCAGGACAACAGCGAUCAGUUACCACAUCAGCGGGUGCUGGGCUAUUUUCAGGAUCCAUAUCUCUCCGACUCCAAGUCAGGUCUUCCAAACGUUAUUGUGGAUGGGGUUCUGCAAGGUUUUUACCCUCGGGACAUCCGGGUCAGCUUCACCACCCCCGUCCUCAUAGAGCCGCACUCUCCCGCUUCCGUGGAAGCGUGAAAUCACUUUCUAAGAUUUAAUGUUUUGCACCAGUCAGCCACAACACUGAAACCACUCAUAUGAGGUGAAGAGCACAGAUUAUCUGAUUGCACUGGCAUCUGUCAAGUGCUGGGAUGCAUUAAGCAGCAGGGAUUGACCUAAACACCCGUGAACCUGCCAAAAGCAGGCGAUUUUAAGAUGUGGAGGCGGACGGUCUAAUGUUCUGGGUUUAAACAAAGUUAUUUCAAGUCAUGACCACAGGAUUAGUGUUUAGGAUGACUGAGUCCCAUCCGUCCUCUCUGACAAGGACACGGUGGAGACUUAGACUGAGCGUGUGAUCUGUUGCUUGGAGCUGAUUUCAGGUCAGGUUUUAAAUCCUCCUGAGGCCGUUCAUCCAGUGAUGCUUUCUCUCGGGUUCUUACGACAGUUUGAGCUCCUGGUUCACUGUACAGUAUGUUAACUGGAUGUUUCAAUGUUUUUCACAAAUGAUUUGGAUCACUUACGUUUUAACAACCAGCAGGUCUUGGGUCUGACACAGACUUGCAUUUUUGAAGGGUCCAGUACUUGUGUUAUGUUUAUAGGAAAAUAUUGAAGGUAUUUUAGGAUUUAGCAGUUUGUUGAAUUUUACUGUAGUCUGGAUUUUUAUGAUUUGUUUUUAAGAGUUUUUAAUAAAGAAACAAAACCUUA